AUAAAGUUUUUAUCAACUGUGGUAUAUGUAAGUUUCUAUUCUUCAGUAUUAUCUUUUAAGACAAAGUAGUCGAAUUCGUGAAUGGGGAAAAGAAAAAGCAGUUUUAAUUUAUAACAACGUUUACACUCGUAUUUUUCGAAACAGAAGUAGUUAUUAAAGAAGAGCAGAAAGAUUUGGAUUUUAUUGGUGUGCAUUAUCAAAGAUAGUUCAAAUUUAAAAUGAUUGAAAAUAAAGAGAUGAGCAUAGGAUCGAUUGCAGCCGCGGGUGAUUCCAAAAAAGAAUCCACAAAAAAAUCCUUUUUCCACAUAGACAGAGAGAUGAUCCGGUUUAAGGCCCAUUUCUUCUUAUCCAUAGGUGCUAUGGGUGUAGCUCUACCGUAUUUACCAAUCGUUGCCAGGAACAGGAUCGGUCUUUCUGCAACGUCAUUGGCCGCUGUUCUAACCACUCAGCAGCUACUCGCCGUCAUCACGAAGCCAGUCAUUGGAUACGUAGCUGAUUACUUCAACAAACUGAAACUGAUUAUAAUAACACUUCUGACAGUACAAGCUAUAGCCCUUUUUCUCGUCAUUGCUGUUCCCCCAAUCCACAAGUCAACAACAAUUGAUUUCGGGGGGGAUGAAUUCACAAUGAUCAUCGCAAGGCCCUCACUGAAUGUAGAAUUUAUCUGCGUCAGCAGUGCUAACGCAACUGCGCUUUGCUUUAAGAACAAAAAUAGUCCUGAAGUCUAUGGAACAGAAUUAAAUUGCAGUUGCUCAGUAGCCACGCCUGUGCCAUUGGAAAAUGUCACCGAUACCCACGAGCGUUGGGGCACGUUGAAAUCCGUCCCGUUAGAUCAGGGUGAAACGUUUCCUUGCAUGAUCUCCAGGAACAACAAUGGUGAAGGAGUCAGCGAUUUUGCAACUCUCGAAUUUUGGAUGUUUGCUAUAACGACGACAUUGAUGAGCACGUGCGUCAGUUCCGUUUUCACCCUCGGUGAUACGGCGUGUUUUGAGACGGUGGAAAAAGUGAAAGGCGAUUUCGGAAGGCAGAGAAUGUUCGGGGCAGUCGGAUGGGGAACAAUGUCAGCCAUAGGUGGACUCCUGAUUGACUUGACUCACGAUUACGUCGCGGCUUGGGUGCUGAUGGCAGUUUUGAAAAUAAUAACUAUUUGGAACAUUUCGCAGUUAGAUCUGGUGAAACCUCAUUUCUCGCAGAAUCUCUUAAAAGACGUCGGCAAAGUUCUCAAGUCAUUGGAGUUCGUCGCUUUUGAAUGGGGAGUUUUUUUCAACGGAUUGGGGGCUGGCAUCAUGUGGUUCUAUUUAUUGUGGUUCCUGGCUGGUCUUGGAGCCAACACGUUUCUUUGUGGACUAGUGAAUUACGUCCAAUGCUUCCUGGGUGAGAUACCAUUUAUGUACUUCUCCGGCUGGUUUAUACAGAAACUGGGACAUUUCAACCUCAUCACCCUAUCCCUGCUUUCUUAUGCUUUGCGUUUCCUGUGGUACAGCUACCUCUAUAAUCCUUGGCUAGUCCUUCCCAUGGAGAUAGCACACGCUUUCACUUAUGGUACCUUUUAUCCUACUGUGGCAUCCUAUGGAAAGAAGAGUGCGAAGCCGGGUACUGAAGCAACUACCCAGUCUAUUCUUUUUACCACCCAUGAAGGCCUAGGUGCUGGUCUUGGCUGCAUUUUGGCUGGUAUUGGCUUUGAUCUGGUUGGAAGUCACCAAACAUUCUUCUAUGUCAGUCUCAUGGGUUUUUGUGCCGCCAUCUUUAAUGCUGUGAAUACAUACCUACUCAAUAGACGUAGCAGCGAAGUUCUUACUCUUUCGCAAGUCAACGUCAUAACUCCUGAAUAGUGAACUUUUAGAAGAAGAAUCAUUUCGCCAACUUGAUGUUGUAACUUCUCUGAAAACAUCUGCUGUACAGUCUACACUUAUUGAAACAAAAUAAAAAACAACUUCCUUAA